UGUGGUUUCUGUUUUGCCUUUUAAAUAGUUUCCCUUAUUACCAACUGUCAACAACAGCUGUUCUGAUUUAACAAUAUUUUCUUUAACUGCUAAGGGAAGAUGUCGAAAUAUUUUGGGUUCAAUCGCCUAGUUAAACUAUACGACAUUAUACGUCAAAAUGGUGGGAUAAAAAAAACCUACUUAAAAUUGUAUCGGAACGACGACUUGAAACUAGGUUGUUUAAUAGGCACUGAUAAGUACGGCAAUAAAUAUUAUGAGAAUCCUUAUUACUUUUAUGGACGAAAUCGCUGGGUAGAAUUUUCCGAACAUGUACAUAUGGAUUAUGAUGGCUCACAAAUACCAGCUGAAUGGUUUGGAUGGAUGCACUAUAAGACGGACAUACCGCCAAUCCGCGAUGGCAAACGUCCCAAAUAUAAAUGGAUGGCUGACCAUAGUGAAAAUCUAUCUGGAACAAAAGAACAGUAUAUGCCCUACACUACGACAAAGCCGAAAAUAGAAGCUUGGAGUCCAAAAAAAUAAGAUAGCGAAUAGCAUGAUACGUUUUGUAUUAAACUAAAAUUGUUGUUAAAAAAUUAAUUGAACGGAAUGUAACAACAAUGUAUUUUGAUCGACGUUUUAAAUCUUAAAUUAAAAAAGAAUAAAUUUCUUUAAGGAAA